AUGCUGUUGUGUGACAUUCGUCAACUUGCCGUCUUUGGCUCAAGUAUGCGCCACUUGGGCGUCCUACUGCUGUAUGAACUCGCAGUGCUUGUCGCUAUGUUGACACGAGCUGACGUUGUCACGAAAACCUCCGAAAAGACGAUAGGCGACACUGCAUCGUCGGCUGCGACCCAUUCCGACGUUGCUAUCGGGAGGUUCCGACGACUGGAUGAGACGGAAGAAAGAGCUCUUUCCAUUCCUUCCAGUUUAUUGCCGCAAUCCAUCCCGCCAACCGGCAUGGAGCUGAUCGGAUCCUGGUUCAAGUCGUUGAGGCCGAUGAUUAAGAGCAACUAUGCUUCUUUUGCCGACUACAAGCGUGGAACGUCGAGUGUCGGGCACUACCUCAGGGCGUUGUGGCCGCAAAUCUUGGAUAGCGUUCGGACUCGAUAUUGGCUUUACCGACGUAAAACCAUAGAAGACGUUUUCACGCUGCUGAAGCUCGAUGCUGGACUGGACAAAGUUGCGUACAGUCGGGAGUUUUACACUUGGGUUGCGUUCGGCGAUCUCUUACGCACGCACCAUCUGGCCGAUAAGUGGUCAAUUGCUCGGGUGCUAUCGAAGACGUACACGGAUUUGGAAUUGGUGAGGGUAGUGGACGCGGCCAAAACUAAUAAGGACCGUGGAAUGGCGUCAAGAAUAGAGCGGAUGCUGAUUCAUUAUUGGCAUCGUGAGAAAAAACGGACUGACGACGACAUUUUCACAUCGCUUAGGCUUCACAUCAAGAAAGAAAUGGAAGUCCUAGAGACAUUUUCAACCUCCCCGAGCUGUACACAUGGUACAGGUACGUCGUUGUGA